AUCUGGCUAGCAUGGAGGAACCUUUAGUGAAAGAUAAACAAACUGUGGCACUGUGGCAGUAUAUAUUAUAAUAUAUAUACUGCUUGUGGAGACGCUAUAAAGUAUUUAAGAGAGCCGUUACAACGUUAUUCCAUCAGUUAGCACUGGAAGUGACAGGUGUGAGCAGUGGAUGAGCGCAGCAUAGACGUCGUCAUGAAGAUUCAAGGAGGCAGAGUCGGAUUAACAUGGGCGUUGGGACUCAUUGUGAGCGUUGUCAUAGCGGCUCCCUCUGAGCUUGACCACCAGGAGGGUGUGGACGUUGCUAUAAUGACACCCCCAGAGCUUGACCACCAGGAGGACGUGGACGUUGCUAUAAUGACACCCUCAGAGCUUGACCACCAGGAGGACGUGGACGUUGCUAUAAUGACACCCCCAGAGCUUGACCACCAGGAGGACGUGGACGUUGCUAUAAUGACACCCCCAGAGCUUGACCACCAGGAGGACGUGGACCUUGCUAUAAUGACACCCUCAGAGCUUGACCACCAGGAGGGCGUGGACGUUGCUAUAAUGACACUCUCAGAGCUUGACCACCAGGAGGGCGUGGACGUUGCUCUAAUGACACCUUCAGAACCUGACUACCAGGAGGGCGUGGGAGUUUCUAUAAUGACACCCUCAGAGCUUGACCACCAGGAGGGCGUGGGAUCACACCAACAGGAAAAUGUAACUGCUCUUGCUACCACUGAGAGAAACGACAAAUUAUUGGUGGUGCUGCUGAAGAUCCAGCCAGACAUGUGUGCCACUAACGAUCCAGUGCUGGCCAUGGGAACCUGUGUACCUGCCAAAGAAUGUACUAAAACCAGCGGUAUAGCGUCGGGCAAGUGCGCCAAAGGUUACGGCGUCUGCUGCAUAGCACUCCGAAGCUGCGGGAGUUCAACCAGCUACAACAACACAUACUUCGUGAACCCCAGCUACAGCGGUAUGGACUCAGGUGCUGGCACCUGUACUCUGACCGUCAACCGCGUCAACUCGAACAUCUGUCAACUGCGUCUCGACUUCCUGGACUUCGACUUGGCGCAGCCAGACGCUGAUGGCAACUGUAUUACAGACUUCCUUACCAUCACUCCAUCCUCCUCCGUUCCCAGGAUCUGUGGAUCCAACGAUGGACAACACAUGUACGUCAACGUGGACCCAGCUGGUGGACCGAUCAGGGUGACGGUGGACCGCUCUCUGUCCAACGUGACUCGUUCUUGGAAUAUCAAAGUCAGUCAGAUUCCCUGUGACUCACCCUACAAAGCGCCCAGCGGAUGUCUGCAGUACUACACGGCCACCUCAGGCACCAUCUACAGCUUCAACUUCGGUCCUCCUUUGCCCGUCUCUUCCGACACACGUCAGAUUGCCAACCUGGACUACGGUGCGUGUGUGGAGAUGGCUGACGGCUAUUGUGGCAUUAUCUGGGAGCGUAACACCACCAGCGGCAAUAGCAGUUUUACUGUCAGCGAUCCUGGCCCUUAUGCACCAGGUUCUGCAGACGCAGCGUUGUUCGACGCAAACUGUACGACUGAUUACGUCAUAAUACCUGGAGGUGUGACAAACGAUGGCGAAUCCCAUGACCGAUACUGCGGCGACAGUUUCCCUGACUCUGUCACCUUUAUCUGUAAGUCACCAGUUAUCUGUAAGUCACAGUUAUUUGUAAGUCACCAGUUAUCUGUAAGUCACCAGUUAUCUGUAAGUCACCAGUUAUCUGUAAGUCACCAGUUACCUUUAAGUCACCAGUUAUCUGUAAGUCACCAGUUAUCUGUAAGUCACCAGUUAUCUGAAAGUCACCAGUUGUCUGUAAGUCACCAGUUACCUUUAAGUCACCAGUUAUCUGUAAGUCACCAGUUACCUGUAAGUCACCAGUUAUCUGUAAGUCACCAGUUAUCUGUAAGUCACCAGUUACCUGUAAGUCACCAGUUAUCUGUAAGUCACCAGUUACCUUUAAGUCACCAGUUAUCUGUAAGUCACCAGUUACCUGUAAGUCACCAGUUAUCUGUAAGUCACCAGUUAUCUGUAAGUCACCAGUUAUCUGUAAGUCACCAGUUAUCUGUAAGUCACCAGUUAUCUGUAAGUCACCAGUUACCUGCAAGUCACCAGUUACCUGCAAGUCACCAGUUAUCUGUAAGUCACCAGUUAUCUGUAAGUCACCAGUUAUCUGUAAGUCACCAGUUAUCUGUAAGUCACCAGUUAUCUGUAAGUCACCAGUUGUCUGUAAGUCACCAGUUACCUUUAAGUCACCAGUUAUCUGUAAGUCACCAGUUACCUGUAAGUCACCAGUUAUCUGUAAGUCACCAGUUAUCUGUAAGUCACCAGUUACCUGUAAGUCACCAGUUAUCUGUAAGUCACCAGUUACCUUUACCUGUAAGUCACCAGUUAUCUGUAAGUCACCAUUUAUCUGUAAGUCACCAGUUAUCUGUAAGUCACCAGUUACCUGUAAGUCACCAGUUAUCUGUAAGUCACCAGUUAUCUGUAAGUCACCAGUUACCUGUAAGUCACCAGUUAUCUGUAAGUCACCAGUUACCUGUAAGUCACCAGUUAUCUGUAAGUCACCAGUUAUCUGUAAGUCACCAGUUAUCUGUAAGUCACCAGUUAUCUACACAUAGGAAGACUGCCGUGUUGACCUGGGCGCUGGUACUUACGAUGGGUAUUGUAGUAGCGGCGCCCUCUGAACCUGAUCACCUUCACCUGGAUGUUGCAGAGCUACCAGGAAAACUGACCCCAGACGCAGGAAAACUACAGGGAAAGCUGCUCCUAGACGAAAGAAAACCAGAGCUGCACCAGGACGUAGGGAAACCACAAGCAAGGCUGCCUCAAGAUGCAGGAAAACUACAAGGAACUUUCCAAGGCGCUGAAACACAUCUUACCAGCCAGAGAGAUGAGAAAAUGUUUUUCGUGCUGUUGACGAUCCAACAGGUGACUUGCAACACCACUGACUCUACACUGACGGUGGGCACCUGUUUGUCCUCCACAGACUGCAACCGCAGCGGUGGUAGAUCUUCAGGGACCUGCGCCAGGGGCUUCGGUGUCUGCUGCAUAGCUCGUCACAGCUGUGGGGAGACCACCAGCUAUAACAACACAUACUUCGUCAACCCCAACUUCAACAGUACUGACUCAGGGACAGGAGCCUGCACUCUCACUGUCAACCGCGUCAACACCAGCAUCUGUCAGCUCCGUUUAGACUUCCUUGAUUUCCAGUUGGCGCAGCCGGACGUUGACGGUAACUGUAAUGUUGACUUCCUCACCGUCAGCCCGUCCUCCACAGUGCCAAGAAUCUGUGGCUCCAACAGUGGACAACACAGUAAGAACAACAGUCAGUCAACCAUUGUGUAUCUGGAGGUGGACCCGCUGGGUGGACCAGUCAGGGUGACGGUGGACCGCUCCGGUAAGGUCAUGGACCGAUCCUGGAUAAUCAAGGUGACACAAAUCACCUGUGACUCGCAGGACAAAGGUGAGUACAUCUAUCCCUUCCCCUACCUCCUGAGAGGCGGCUAUUCCCAGUUGGGUGUACAUGCCAAAAGCCUCAUCACGCACGAACAUAAAGUCAAUUAUCAUUUCAAAAGUAAAUUUUGGUGCUUACUGUUUAUAACCUCAUGUUCCUUCGCUAUUCUUCUCCAUGUUUGUUUACGUACGGUGUCAGCACCUAGCGGAUGUCUGCAGUACUACACCACCACCUCCGGCACCGUCAGUAGUUUCAACUUCAACACUGAUCCCACAGUCUCGUCUUCAGGCCAGAUUGCUGAUCUGGACUACGGGGUGUGUGUGAAAAUGGCUGACGGAUACUGUGGCAUCAUCUGGGAGACUAACUCAGCCUCUGGUGACAACUACACCUUCACUCUCACCGGCAACGUGGAUGCUAUCGAUCAAAAUAUUAUAGGUACUCCAGCAGCCGCGACUUAUGCCAGUGAAUGUACUAGCGAUUACGUGAUGAUCCCUGGAGGUGUGGACGAUACUGGAGUCUCCAACGACCGCUACUGUGGCCUCGGCUUCCCUAACUCUGUCACUUGUAAGUCACCAACUGUCACCUGUAAAAUCAUAAACCGUGUCACUUAUAAAUAAUCAACCAUGUCAUGUCUAAGUCACCAACUGUGUGACUUA